AUGGCGGACAAUAAGCUCAAGAGAACCCACGGCGAGGAUGACGACAGCAACGCUCACAAAAAAAAUCGGUUGGAUCAUGGCUCCCCUGCGCCGUCGACAACCACACAAGCACCCCCUCCAGUCGACAUUCAGAAGAUGAUUGCCGACGCACAGGCAAGAGCUAAAGCUCUUGCUGCUCAGGCCGGCCUCAAAUCCACGUCUGCUGCUUCAGGACCAGCUCCUGCAGCACCACGCAAGUCUAAAUUGGAGGAAAUGAAAGCGCGAAUUGCAGCAGCCACCAACGCGAACCGCAGUGAAGCCACCCAUAAAACCCCAGUAUUCGACGAAAGUCUGUCUAAGGCUCGUGGCGGUCUCGAAGUCGGCCUUCAUCCGGCGCUACUCCCCGAUGCUCCUGCUAUCAGCCAAGAAACUCAACUUGAAAAGGAUCCCAAAAAGAAUCCUUACCUUGCGCAUCUUUUGGAUCAGAGUGAUAUCGAGCCUGUUAAAUUGAACUCCCGUAGUGCGCGGCCUCUCAAGUUUGUCGAACAUGGCAAAUACAUAGAGCAAGGUGCAAAUUUGCGUCGAUUGGGACAGUUGGAAAAGAUGAAGCAGAGAAUUGAAGCGGAAGCGCGUGAGGCCGAACUUCAACGGAGCAUGGAACCAGAUCUACUUAUCUCCGAACCACCAGAUUUUGAGUGGUGGGAUGAAUUGUUGAUCAGUGGUGACGAUUAUUCUGGUAUUGAUGAUCCAAGAACUCUCAAAAUUGAUGGAGCCGACAGCAUUAUCACCCCCUAUGUUCAACAUCCCGUUCUCGUCGAUUCUCCGAAGUUGAAGCUCGCACCUGUGGUGAAACCCCUGUACCUUACGAAGAAGGAACAGGCUAAGCUUCGUCGGCAGCAACGUUUAAAAUUGCUGAAAGAAGAGCAAGUCAAGAUGACGCUGGGUCUUGUGCCCAAACCCGGCCCAAAAAUCAAGUUGAAUAACCUGAUGAGUGUUCUUGGAAAUAAAGCUGUCGCGGAUCCCACGGCUAUGGAAGCCGAAGUUCUCCAGGGCAUUAAGGAUCGCCGUGACAAACACGAGGCUACGAAUGCAGAGCGCUCAUUGACCAAGGAGCAACGACAGACGAAGCUCGCAGCACAACAGGAAAAAGAUGCUAAACUUGGUCUAUUUAUGAACGUUUAUAGAAUCGACACCCUCGCUAGUGGCAAGCAUCGCUUCCUAAUCUCGAAAAACGCGCAACAGAAUGUCUUGACAGGUAUUUGCCUUUUAAACCCGAAGUGCAAUCUGGUGAUUGUCGAAGGCGGUGCUCACUCAAUGCGCAAUUUUCAAAAACUGAUGCUCAAUCGAGUUAAGUGGAAGAUUAACGAGGGUGUCAAAGCCGGGUUCGCAAAUGACCAGAAGGAAGGACGCGAAGACCCGCCAUGGCUGAACCCACUUGAUGAGUCUGGCAGUCCAAAAGACUUCAGUCACAACACUUGCACCCUUCUCUUUGAGGGCCCAAUCAAAGCCCGCCAGUACAGAUUAUGGCUGAGCAGUAAAAUCUGCGAGACUGAUGUUGAGGCCAAAAAUUCACUGAGUCGGUUUAAAUUGGAUAAUUUCUGGGCCAUGGCAACCAACCAGCCAGCCGAAGAAUUUGAUGUGCAGACUUAG